UUUAUUUACAAAUUACACGGGAACGUCAAUGCGAUCAGACUAGCGCUUUUUCUGCUGUUUUUGUAUUUCAUGAUUCAUCGUUCCUUUCGAUCGGCUAUUUUGUAACGACAGUCGAUCGUCGAUCGUCAUUCGAAAACCGGGGAGACAAACGAUUUCGAGAUAUUCCAGAACGCGAGUUGUUGGUCGUUGAGGCUAAUUUCUUUUCGGCAAAUCUCGUAAAUCAAUUCGUCCCAGUUAUUCUAUGAAAAUUCGAAAAAACGUGUGCGAGCUGCAAGUUGGAAGUUGAAGUUCGAAAAUUGUAGUGAAGCUACCGAUCCAACUGGUUUGGGAGUUCGUCGUAAAAAAAUUUUUAUUACGAUUCGCUAGAAGAAAAAACAACAGGAUGCAGUGGAAAACUCGAGAACGCGUUCCAGUCGCCCCCGCCAAGAAAAAAAUCUGGCAAAAUAUUAAAAGCGGCAUUGAGGAAAGAAUUGUGUUCGAACACGCUAAAGUUGCUUACGCUAAUAAAAUUUAUAAAACAGUCAAUUGCUGAAAGAACGAAAUUGUAGCAAAAAAUAAUAGUCAGUAAGAUUCACUAAUAAAAAUUUACAAAGAAAUAAGUCUCCAGAGGCGAUUCGUCAGCGUUACGACAGAUGAGAAUAUGACUAAGCACAAGCCGCGUGGAUCGGUUCGACGAAUUCGUUACUGUACUACUUCGAUGCGCGUGUCGUCGAAAAGAGAAAACCCGAGUGAGAAGAAAAGGUGGGAGAGGUGCACAUGAUUUGCGUUGAAAAGAGAGAAGGAGCGUGGAAGGAUGACCGCAGUGGCUCGCUGGCACUGUUUGCUUCGACUCUGGUCAGUUUGUCUGCGAGCGUGAGCCCAGAGCUACAACGAAUAAGGAAGACCGAGAGUUGCGUACACUGAACGUGAAAAUCAGACGCGAUGGAGUUUUCGAGAUUCCUCGUCGUUCUUUGUCUACUUGUUUUGAUUGAUUCUUGUGUCGAUGCCCGAAGAUCUUUCAGCACGAGUAUCAAGAGAGGAAGCGGCGGAAGUCGCGGUUCCUCGUCAAGAGGCACGUCGAAGCCGAGGCAGCCGCAAACCCAACAAGCGAGUCAAGCCCAAAAAGGACAAGAAUACAGAGACUGGGCGGCCAAAUUGACAGGUGCCGGUAACGAGCCCAGACCAAAGGUAGGCGGAAAUACCGGUCCGCUAAAUAAACAAGGGGGAUCGAGCCCGGAUAAGAUCGGUUGGAACGUCCCGGCGAAGCAGCAGCCCGGAGGGGUCGGAACGAAACCGUCAGCGCCGGACGUAGCUUCGAAGACGAGCGCCACUAACGUUCAAUCCGGUUAUCAACCUUCCGGAGGCUACAAUCGCCAGCCAGCCCAGAAUCCCGCGUACGGACAAACGAACGGAAAUCAAUAUCAGUCGGGGUAUAAUCCUCCGGCGAAUCAGGGCUACAACCCGUCCGUCGGAGGCCACCAUCCGUACGGAGCACCGCCGCCCUACAGCCCGUCGCACGGCGCAGCGCCACCGCCGUACAGCGCCCACGGCACGCCGUACAGUCCCUCGCACAUCAGUCCUCCGGCUUACAACCAGCCUUACAAUCCCUACAACCCUUCCUACGGGCACUCGUACAGCUCGAAUCCCGGGGCCGGUUACAAUCCCCCGGUGGGUCACGCGCCCCAAACGAUUCUGGUGCAACAAGCCGGCGGCGGCCGACCAGGAAUCGGGCAACUGGCCAAAGAAGCCUUCGUCUUCGCCGGCGUCAGCGCCGGCGUUAACGCAGCGGUCAACAGGAUUCUGCCCGGUGGAAUUUACGGACACAGCGGAAGUCACGGCUCCGGCAACGUCCCCGCGGUCGCCGGGCCCGUCAGCCACACCGAAAUCACCUACAACAAUUAUUACAACAACGGAACCGCACCCGCAACCGACCCGAACGCAACGCCGGCAGCUGCAGCUGCCCCGGUAGCUGCACCGGCUCCCCCGGCUCCCGCACCCCCCGCAGCCGCUGCCAAUCCCGGCGAAACUCCUGCCGCCGCUUCCAACGACAACGCCGCACCUGCCCCGCCCUCCAAACCCGCCGACCCCCAGGAUGCCAUCGCCCAAAACAACCCGAGUCCUCUCGGAUUCAUCAUCACCAACGCCGACUUGAAAAAAGUCUCUGAAGAGCUCUCCGGCAAGGAAAAAAAUAACGCUUUCAAAUUCAUCAGCCUCAAUCCUCAGGGACAGAAAACGGAUGACAGCGUCACCGAUGACGCUCCUGAACCACUUAUGGUCGUGAAAGACGAGGCCUACGAACUACCUACGAUAAAAGCCGUCCUCGCACUCCAUGACAACUACGAGCUCGACGUAAGGAAGAAAGAAGAAGUGACGGGCGAGGAACGCAGAGAAGAGAACGAAUUGCUCGAAGAGUUUGUGAAAACUGAAACAAUGCUGAGCACGAUGAAGUUCCUCGCUGAGAAAGGAUACAUUCCGAACGACGAGUACGAAUUCAAAGAUGCACUGCGGCGCAUUUGGUUCUCACAGUUCAAAAGAAUCGACGGGGAUGCAUCCAGUUCCGGAUUCGAAACGGUAUUCCUCGCUGAACAAUUCGACAAGGAAAUAAUUGGACUCCACAAUUGGAUCUACUUCGCGAAACAGGAAGCAGCCAAGAAGGCCAAUUAUCUUGGCUACAUCAAACAAAGUACUCUCGGAGACCUUGGUGCGAUCGUGAAAAUGCGCUUGAGUCUGAACGACAUCGUACAACCGGUGACGACGAUAUUCGUGGGAACAUCGCCCGAGUUGGAAAUGGCACUUUACACCUUGUGCUUUUUCACUCGUCCGAACAACCCGUGCCCCGUAACUGUUGGCGGAACCGAGUUCGUCAUAAUAGCAAAUCGGGUCAAUUAUUUCGGCAAGGACAUCCUCGUUUCCGCUUAUCCGGAAAUUUGAACCUAAUUUUAUCGCGAUCUUCGAAUCCUCGAAGAAUUUGUCUUUGGGCAAUUGUGUAACGUUUUUUUCGUCUUUAUCCACCUGUAUUAUCGUUAGUAUUGUAAGCUAAUCUCUUGUCAGAGUCAAAUUUGUGUAGCUGUGACACUGGAACAAUACUCGUUUGCAAGUUA